AUGGAGCAGUCAACAGCGCCGUCAGCACCGCCGCAGAGUAAUAAUCCACAGACUGCCUUUCCUGCUGAAUAUUGGAGUAGCAUCGAUGGCCUCUAUACGGAACUGGAUGCCCAGCAGCAACAACCGCAGCAACAACCACAACAACUGCAAUCCCACCAGCGAGAGCCUCCGCAGGGAAUCACUUGGGACCACCCAAUCCUCUCUCAGUCAAACCAGCAACAUGAACGACAGGCCUCUUUCCCGCAACAGCAUGAGCACGUCCGAGAUUUCUACUCCGGGACGCCUCAGGGCUGGGGCCAGAGCCCCUCGGCUUCUGGUCAACCGUACGGACUCUCGCACCAGCAUCCAUAUCAGAUGCAACAGCCUUUCCCUCAGGAUCAAGUGGCCUAUAAUCCCCGGCCAUUGAGCCCUGGUAAUCUUACUUAUCCGAACUAUUCGCUGUCCGGCCAGUAUUACCAGAAUCCCGGUCUGCAGCCUACAAAUACAUACGCUCAGCAUCGGCAUCAAAACAUCGCCCCACGGCCUCCUUCCGCUCAACAGCAACCUAUUUUGCCUGCUGGGGCUUCGACAACGUCUGGCCAUCAGUAUAUUCUUCCCGCAACAAAUAUGACCGAGAAUUUAGAGACGCCUAGUUUCAAUCAAUAUGCGGGUGCAGCAGCUCCGGCCCUAAUCUAUCAAAAUACGAUCAAUCCACAAUUUCUAUCAUCACUCCAAGAAGCAACAACGGAGCAGCCUCGAUCAGGACAGAACCAAUUUUUAUUUUAUAAUCCAACUGCCUCCUCUUACGAGCGUCCCAAUGACCCAAAAGCUUAUCAGAUAUAUCCCGAUAAUCUGGGUCCGCUCAAUGCCGAACAACUUAAUGCCCGACAGCAAUCAGGCCCCGGUCUAAUGGCCCACCUACCGGAGCUAGCACCUUAUCCCAUCGCUCCUAGUAUGCUAAUGUCCAAUGGGGUCUUAAAACCUCAGCCCAUCUCGUCCAAGAAGACAAGCCAGGCAAAGGCAAAGAAGCCUAGGGCUAAGGCUGGGCUCAAGAAAUCAGACGGCAGGGCCAUGCCGGAGUCGGACACUGAUAGUUCAGAUUCAGACUUAGAAGUGGAAGAACCUGAGGAGCCUUCUCCACUACCGGCUGUGCGCCCUAGUGAUCCAGAAGAAGCUAUGCAAUACGACACAAUCAAAGCCGUCUGGUCCCCCCGCAAUAGGUAUCCUAAUGUCGACAGGAUAAAGUCCGCCCUUGUAGCAUUCAAGGAUGUUGUCAAAACAGUCAGAGACCAGUGGAAAGCCCAAACCCAGGCCAUGAAAGAGGCUGAGAACCAAAACAACAACGAUAAAGCCGCAGAGCUCAGGCAAAAAGUCGUCCAGCAACGGAAACUUAUCAACGUGGUUAUAAGCACAACAUUAGAUAAGGGCCACCCUAUAAUUGUUGAGAAAUUAGGAGAACAUCCCAUGGCUGUGGCUGCAUUAUAUUCUUUCCUUCUCGAUCGUCACCAGGCUUCCGAUUAUGAGGGCGCUUUAUUCGUGAACAUUCUGAAGCUGCUUGCGCGCUUCACCACCUUGGACGAUGAGGUUCUUUCCAAGACCAACAUCUCGAAACUUCUGCCAAGGAUAUUGAAGAAGGGCGUGCAACCCAGCAAAGACCUCGCCCGGAAGAUUAUGGAAAACGCAGCGCUCUCGACAAAGCGAAAGCAGGAGUCCACGUCUGGCAACGCAACUAGCAGAGAUGCCACUCCAGACAAAGCCAGCGAGCUUGUUUCGGGAACAAAGCGUAACCGUGAGGGAGAACUCAAUAGUCUUCCUGCUACCAAGAAGAUGGCAACUCCUGGGGCGGCCAAAAACGGUCUCCAUCCCAAGACAGCCAGCGCAGGCACGGCCAAACGCUCCGAGGGCGUCGCGGACAGCAAGGCCACUUCCACUGCAGGAGCUGUGCGACCCAAGGCCAGCAUUGUCCCCCCCAAGCCAACCAGUCUCUUCGGCAGUCUUGCGUCCGCCUCGAAAAAGCCCGGAACGUCGAACGCGGCACGUGCUGCCGCUGCCGCUGCGGCCGCCAAGGAGAAGGCAAGCGCGCCUGCUGAAAAGAAGGCGUCUCCGCCACCUCCGCCACCUGCCAAACCAGCUUUCUCAUUUGGAGAUAUUCUGGCAGGCCUCAAUCAACGAGAGGAAGCCAGCACCCAGAAGGCAUCAGACAACCAGCCGCCCGAGACAGAGGAAGAUCGCCAACGGCGUUUGCGGAAGGAGGCACGCCGAAAGCUGCGCGUCAGCUGGAAGCCCGACGAGGCGCUCACCGAGGUUCGGCUGUUCACUCACGAUCCCGAAGAAGUGGUCGGCCUAGGCGAUGACCUGAAGAGAGACGUGGGCGAUCUGCAAGGAGAAGGUCGUAUGCUCAAGCUUCAUAAGGAUCUAGACGUGGAAGACGACGAGGAAAUCGAACCACAAGAGGAAGAAAUCCGCCCCUGGACAAGUCUGCCAACAGUUGACCAUGACACUUUGAGUAGCAAGGAUCAGGAGAGCAACUUCAUCAAGCGAGGCGGUUCAAGAGAACCAGACAGCCCCGAGAAAGCAGCACAGGAGAACAGGGAAGCCAUGACUUUGAUGGUCUUCUACACCUCUCCUGCAGACGUACCCACCUCACCGAAAGAACCACCUGCGCCUAUUGAUGACGACGAGCCUCCUACCACGGAACAGACUUUUGGAGAGCCAGACGACAAAGUCAAGGCCCGCGCUGCUCGUUAUUUUGCCGUUAUGAAUCCCCAGCCCGCACCAACACCUGCGCCAGCCAUGCCCAAUGGGUCUCUUGACAUUGCCAACUUGCUCAAAGUCAUUCAAAACGGUCCCCAGCAGGCUAGUUCUACACCUCCACCCGCUGCACCACCUCCUCCACAACCAGUACAACUACAACAAAAUCCUCUUUCGAGCCUCGAGCAUACAGUCAAUAUGUUCCGACAGCAACAAGGGCAGCAAAUCAUGCCUCAAAUCCCUCAGAUUCCUCAAAUACCACAAAUACCGCAGGCGCAGGUUCCCGCUGCAUCUAACCAGCCGAUCGAUUUUCAGAAGAUCCUUGCGGUGCUAAAUGCCCAGAAACAGAUGAGCCAACCACAGCAGCCCGCUCCUUCACCAAUACCAAUGCCACAAUCACAGCCAGCAGUCAUGCCUAACCUCGCUGCAAUAGUUUCUCAACUUAGUGGCAACAGGGCAAGUACACCUGUUUCGCAGCAACCGACUCAGUCCUCGGGACCUUAUGAAGAUGCAGAGCGCAAGCGGCUUCGUGAUAUUGGCCGCGGAUAUGAUAAUGGCUAUGGACAAGGAAAUUCCAAACGCCCGAGGAUGUAUGUCGAUCCAGAGGCAAAGAAACAUCCACGAGCCGGAUCUGUGCCGUGUCGAUUCUGGCGCGAAGGCAAGUGUCUCAAAGGCGAAGACUGCACCUUUCGCCAUGACCCUGCUGAUUUAGUCUAA